AUGCCAGCCGAAGAUUACCAUGUGGAAACAUUUCUUGGAAGAGGUUCUUUUGGUGAGGUUUUCCGUGCAAGAAACUUGAAGAGCGGACAAACCCUUGCUUUGAAAGUAAUUGACUUGGAUGAAGCAGGUGAUAUCGACGAGCUCAUCAAAGAGAUCCAUUUCCUUUCACACAUUAGGUCUAAAUACUUGACUCGUCACUUCGAAACCUUUCUUCAAGAGACAAAAAUGUGGAUUGUUUUGGAAUAUUGCGGUGGUGGCUCUUGUUCGGAUCUCCUUAAAGUGUUUGGUAAACUUAACGAGGACGUCACAGCAAGAAUAAUCCGGGAUGUGCUCCGAGGAAUCGAGUACCUUCACGCUCAGAAGAAGGUGCACCGUGACAUCAAGCUGGCAAAUAUUCUUUUGACUGACCAAGGAGAGAUCAAGCUUGCAGAUUUUGGUGUGAGUGGAGAGAUGUCUCUCACUCGAACAAAGCGAAAUACUAUGGUCGGAACACCCUACUGGAUGGCACCUGAAGUCAUCCAGAGAAGUGCCAAAGGAUAUGGAACUAAAGCAGAUAUUUGGUCAGCUGGUAUCACCACCAUUGAGCUCGUAACGGGACAUCCUCCGUACUCGUCGAUGGAUCCCAUGAAGGCACUCUUCGAGAUACCCAAGCGAAAGCCACCAUCAUUAGAUGGCAGACGGCAUAGCAACAACAUUAAAGAUUUUGUUCGGUAUUGCCUUGUUAAAUCACCAUCACAACGGCCCAGCGCAUCUACACUUCUACAUCAUCAUUUUAUCACAUCAUGUCCUGAAGUAGACAUCGCAACCUUGGUUCGAGAGAAGAAGAUUAGAGAGGAAGCACUACCUCCAGCCAAACAGAAACGACACGAAAAGAAAGUGGAUAAGCCACUCACCAUACACUGGGACCUUUCUGGCACCUUCAAAAAGGCAUGCGGGAUUCCCAGUGGAUUAUCCAUGUCGCUGAACUACUCCAGACUUAUCUACGAUGCACUCAGUGCCGUGAUGAAUCGAGCCAACAAUGACCGAGCCAAAGAACGUGUGGACCAAUUGCGCCAGGAGUUCGUCGAUGCAGAGCUUGACAACAAGGGUCUAUGUUACGCCUUUGUAGAAGAGGUCUAUGCAAUAGUUGAUACGCGAGGACGAGAGAAUGAAGAGGCUCAGAAAUGA